AUGAGCUUCGCUGAUGCUGGCCGAUCUCGCCGGCUCACCUUACUGCUUGCAGAGUUUGGACUUCCAAACGACGCAGACGCAAGUGCCUUGCAAGUCAGGUACCGCACCCUGGCAAAACAGAGGCAUCCCGAUAUGGUGGCAACCGAUCGCCGCGCGCGAGCGACCGCAGACUUCGCGAAGAUGCACAGCCGAUAUCAGGAGGCGCUUGCGCUCUUGGAGAAGCCCAGCCGGUUAUCUUCUGCUGACAGCGACCACAUCAUCCGAACCCACAAUGGGUUGUUCUACCACGACCCAUAUAAAUGGGCUCCUUCAAAACCAGGUGGGCCCAAGUUGAAGCAUGAAAUGCAUCAAGUCCCGGCGAGCUGGAUGACCAAGAUGAAAGGGGUAGCUGUGGUCGGCAGCUCGAUGGCGCUGGCUCUCUAUGUCUUUGACAGAACUGCACGCAAGCGGAGCUUGUCCUUCUGGAACACGUAG